UUAUCAGAUGUCACUUUAACUAUCGCGAGGACGCCUAUCAAGACGCUCGUUGAUGGUCAAUCGGAUUCCUUUUUCCGCGGCUCUCUCUUCCGUGUUGUUUGCUUUGAUAGUUUUUAUUUUAUUGUGCGAUCAUCAUGCCGCCCUCUCGGCCCAGUGAUCAAUCUCUGCUUGACAGGCUGAAUGCCCUCAAGUCCACAGGAGUCACACUUGACAAGCCAGCAAAAAGCACCGCAAUCCUUCCUGAACCAGGUGCCCAACCACCCUCAAAGGAAGAUGCCUUAGCUGCACGACUCCGCAUUCUCCGGGGUCAAUCGGGCGGCAGUAGCAGCGAUGGAGCCAGCACAGGAGCACCGCCCCCGGGAGAACCGCCGGCUUUGAGAGGCCACCCGCCGAAGGAGGAGGGGACUGAACAGGUAUCCCCGAUGCCAAGGGUCCCCCCUCAAGCCCACCCUCAAAAACGGCCCCCAUAUCAUCCCGCCGAGUUCGAGGCAGUGGACGAAGAAGCCCUGGACGAGCUUUUAGAAGCCCUAGGAGACGAGGAAUUCGACCUUGCUGCAGAUGAGGAUGUGGUGCCAACCCCUGACUCCGAUCCCAGCGACGAGGCAAAGAGAGUAUCCGAUCUCCUCGAAUCACUCCGGAAGGACGCUGGUGACCCGGAAUCAAACGGGCCGAGCAACACAGCAGGUGAUGACGAUGAAGAUAACUCAGAUGGAGAGCAAAUGACACGCGACGUCGACACCCUCCUCUCACAGAUACGCGAUGAGAUAAGCUCACUGCCACCACCUGCGGCAGCACCACCCAACGAAGAUGAAGCCGCCGGCGAGCAGCCCUCAUUCACGCUCCCCACCGUCCCCUCACAGCUUGUAGACCCAGCCCCCGGCCCCGACCCCCACAGCGGCGGCGAGGAUGCUGUCGAGCGGGACCUCGCCGCGCGCAUGGCAUCGCUCCGGGGCCUAGGCGAGGGGUCGGCCGACGACGGGCUGCUGGGCCUGCCGUCGGCGCCGACGUUCCGGCCACAAGACCGUGACACGUCACCGACAGGCGGCGCCGGAGGCAAGCGGUUUGGGGGGUCGAGUAAGUACACGGACGAAGACCAGAAGACGUGGUGCGUGGUGUGCCUCGACGAUGCGACGAUGGAGUGCGUGGGUUGUGAUGGUGACGGCUACUGUGCGCGCUGCUGGAGGGAGAUGCAUACGGGGCCCGCGGCUGGGUACGAGGAGCGCGGACACCAGUGGGUGAAGUUUGAGAGGUCGGCUCGUUCGUAGCGGCGCCUUCAUUGGUAGCGAAUAGAUAAACCAUGAUCGUUUCGCUACAUCCAUGUUUCUGGUAGUCCACUACCUUGUUGGUCGU